UGAAGAGAAAAGUCCUGCACCCAACGCAAUUCGACGGCGACCAACACAGCUUCACAGAUCGUUCCAUGAUGCAUAUUGUGCAGAUUCUUGAAAAAACCGUCUCGCCAGAUCAAGAUGAAUUGCUUGCGGCGAAAAACUUCCUCGAACAGGCAGCCGCCACCAACCUGCCAGACUUCCUGCGGGCGCUUUCCGAUGUGCUCUUCUAUCCGGGCAACUCGACGGUCGCCCGUAUGGCGGCCGGUUUGCAGCUAAAGAAUCACCUGACGAGCAAGGACGAAGCGAACAAACAGCAGUACCAGGAACGAUGGCGAUCCUUUCCGGAGGAAGUGAAGGAGUACAUCCGGAAAAAUAUCCUUGGCACACUCGGUACGGAAGAAUCGCGACCCUCGUCCGCCGCCCAGUGUGUGGCGUACGUUGCAGUGGCCGAUCUGCCAGCGCGUCAGUGGCCCGAUUUGAUGCAGAAACUGGUCGACAAUGUGGUGAACGAAAAGUCGACCGAAGCAUUGCGCGAGUCAACGCUCGAGGCAAUCGGGUACAUAUGUCAGGACAUUAAGUCGGAAAUUCUGAAACACCAGUCGAACCAGAUCCUGACCGCCAUCAUACACGGUAUGCGCAAAUCGGAACCCUCGAACCACGUCCGGUUGGCCGCCACAAACGCCCUGCACAAUUCGCUCGAGUUCACGAAGGCCAACUUUGAGGAGACGGCCGAGCGGAACUACAUCAUGGAGGUGGUGUGCGAGGCGACCCAGUCCACCGACACGCAGAUCUGUGUUGCGGCGCUGCAGUGUUUGGUGCGCAUUUUGACACUCUACUACCAGCACAUGGAAGCGUACAUGGCGCAGGCCCUGUUUCCGAUUACGCUCGAAGCGAUGAAAUCGGAUAACGAACAGAUCGCCCUGCAGGGUAUCGAGUUUUGGUCGAACGUCAGCGACGAAGAGAUCGAUCUCGCGAUCGAAGCCCAGGAAGUGGCGGAAACGGGGCGCCUGCCGAACAGGGUGUCGAAGUAUUACGCCCGCGGUGCGCUGCAAUACCUUGUGCCGGUGCUGAUGGAGAAAUUGACGCACCAGGAAGAGUUCGACGAUGAGGACGACUGGAAUCCCGCCAAAUCUGCCGGCGUUUGCUUGAUGCUGCUGGCGACGUGCUGUGGGGAGGAGAUUGUGGCGCACGUGCUCCCGUUUGUGAAUGCAAAUAUCAAGUCGACGAACUGGCGGUUCCGCGAUGCGGCCGUCAUGGUGUUCGGGUCGAUACUGAGCGCGCUCGAGACGGACCGGUUGAAGCCGAUGCUCGAAACGGCGAUGCCGACGCUGAUUGAGCUGAUGUACGACGACAGUGUGAUCGUGCGCGACACGUGCGCGUGGACGUUCGGGCGCAUUUGCGAGGUAAUUCCGGAGGUCGCCAUCAAGGAACAGUAUCUUGAGCCGCUGCUCAAAGCCCUGCUGAACGGUCUGAAGUCGGAGCCGCGCGUUGCCACGAACGUGUGCUGGGCGUUUUCGGGCCUGUCGGAGGCGGCCUACGAUGCGGUCAACAUCGACGAUGACCCACCGCAGACGUACUGCCUGUCGAAGUACUUUGACUUCAUCAUCACCAGCCUGCUCGAAGCGACGGAUCGGCGCGAUGGGUCGCAGGCUAACCUUCGCUCGUCGGCGUACGAGGCGCUGAUGGAGAUGGUGAAGAACUCGCCGCUCGAUUGCUACGUGUCGGUGCAGCGCACCACGAUGGUCAUUCUCGAACGCAUCAACCAGGUGCUGCAGAUGGAGUCGCACAUUGCAUCGCACAGCGAUCGGCAUCAGUUCAACGACCUGCAAUCGCUGCUCUGUGCCUCGCUGCAAUCCGUGCUGCGAAAGGUGGAGGCCAAGGAUGCGCCCCAGAUUUCGGACGCGAUCAUGAUGGCGCUGCUGACGAUGUUUAGCUCCAGCUCGGGCAAAGUGUGUGGGGUUCAGGAGGAUGCGCUGAUGGCGGUCGCCACGUUGGUCGAUCUGCUGGGCGAAGAGUUCAUCAAGUACAUGGACGCGUUCAAGGAGUACCUGUACAUGGGACUGAAGAGCCACCAGGAGUAUCAAGUGUGCUGCACGGCCGUCGGUUUGGCCGGAGACAUUUGCCGCGGUCUGAAGAGCAAGAUUUUGCCGUACUGCGACGAAAUCAUGACGCUGCUGCUGCAGAACCUUAGCAACCCUAACUUGCACCGUAGCGUGAAGCCACAAAUACUGACCGUCUUCGGCGACAUGGCACUGGGGAUCGGGCCGGACUUCAAGAAGUAUCUGAACGUGGUGCUGCCGAUGCUGGCCGCUGCGACCCAGGUGCAGAUCGAUCAGCACGACUACGACAUGAUCGACUAUCUGAACGAGCUCCGUGAAAGUGUGCUCGAGGCCUACACCGGUAUCGUUCAGGGUCUGAAGGGGCCGGAGAAAACACCACUCGAGGAUGUGAACUCCCUGCUGCCGCAGGUGCCGUUCAUCAUCAACUACAUCGCCUCGAUCGCCAAAGAUUCGGAGCUAUCCGAUGGAAACAUUGCGAUCGCCGCCGGCUUGAUCGGUGACAUGUGCAGCGCGUUCGGCCACAUGAUGCUACAGUUUGUCGAGGAUCCGAGCAUAAUGGAGCUGCUGAAUGAUGGCAAAACUUCGCGCACCUCACGUACCAAAACGCUUGCUACGUGGGCACUGAAGGAGAUCAAGCGGUUGAAGCAUUUGCCGGUCAACACGAGUUGCAUCAACGGUAACACGAUCAACUACGCCAACAACAGCAGCGGCACACCGACCACCACCGUACCAGCCACCUAA